UUAGAAAAGGAAUUAAAACAUUAAGUGAUGAGCUGCCUUUCCUUCAGGCAUUUAUUUUGUACACAAUCGGGUGUAUUCUAUGCCCAACUACCCAACGUUGGGUCAGUGUAGAUUAUAUGCCAUAUGUAGUUAGCAGGGAAGCAAUCUUGGUGAUAGACCUUGCCAGAUUAUCACUUAAUCAUCUAGUUAAGUCUGUAAAGCAGUAUAAUGCAGCACUUAAAGAUCCAGAAAGAGGCCUUCAGGGUAUUGUAAACCUCGAGGGGAAUCUUCCUUUGUUGCAGUUUUGGUUUUGGGAAAAAUUCCGUCUGGACAGACUUGAUGCUUCAAUCGAUUAUACAGGACGUGAGGCACCGCUUCUCCAAUACUGGGAUGAGAAAAAGGCACGCAAGGUCUGUGCCAUUUUAAAUGAGCACGGUCGUGACGCUGGAGAGUACGUUUUUGAUCUAAAGGAGGCUUGGGAGCCUCCCAGGCCGUCAUCACCAUUACCUUCGUUUGACGACUUGCCGCCAACAGAUUCAAAGUUGGUGCUAAAGCUGCACGAGUCGAUCCUCAACAUGAGACGUGCUGUAAUGCAUGAUAACUUACUGACUCGCAUAAAGAUCGAAGAGCAUGGGGAUUAUCUUUAUAGAUUUGAAGAGAAGCUAGAUGCCUUUUGUCAGCAACGAGCCAACGUAAGACUCAAACUUAUUGAAAUGCACCACAGUACUUUUCCGCUACAUAUACAAAGGAGUAAAAUUUAUGCAUGGAUUCAUGCAGGACUACGAUGA